AUGACAGAGGACAAUUGUUUCGUUUAUGCUUGCAUUCAGGCUGGAGUAAAUGAAGAAACUAUUGACCACAUGAGAGAAGUCAUUCGUGUUAGAGACUUUCCUCAAAGUAAAGUACAAGAAAUUUCCGAUUCAACAGGUAUAGCAUUUAAUGUUACCAUUGGUUAUUUCAAUGACUCAAGACAUAAUGAAAUAAAGAGAUAUAUACCAAAAGAAUGCGAAACUGUUAGAACUAUUGACUUACUUCUUGUUGAAGACCACUACAUGCUAAAUGAAAGAUUACCAAUGACAACAUACUUCAUUCGAAACUAUAUAGAAAUCUUGAAGGAGUGUGGUGGAAUGAACAUUGAGAAACAGAUGAAGAUUUAUACAAAGAGAGAAGAUAAAUAUGUAGUUCGUUAUGAUAGAACAACACCGCUAUGGGAUGUUAUGAAAACAUUGUGGGA